AUGCAUCCCUCCCUCAUCACUCGCGUCCCUGCUCAUAGCAGCGGCAGGGGCUCCGCUGCGUUUCUUGAGAGUCCGUGGAUUGCAUAUGUUACCCAGAUGAGCCACAUACCAAUGAAAGUGAGCAAAGAGGAGAACCAGGACUGGUUCAGCACUCAGGUCUUGGCCACCUGUAAUGUUGAAGAAUCCUUUUUCAACGACUGGUUCACUGAGCACUUGAACUUCCAAAUUGAGCACCAGGAUCUGUUUCCCACAAUGCCACGCCAUAAUUACCACAAGGUGGCACCUCUGGUGAAGUCACUGUGUGCCAAGCAUGGACUGCCGUAUGUGAAUAAGCCCAUGUUGAAGGCAUUUGGAGAUACUCUCAGGGCCCUGAAGAAGUACGGAGCCCUCUGGAAGGAGGCAUACUGCAUGCAUCCACAAACAUAAUGCAGAUGUGCAGGUGCUAAAGAGAAAACCACAGGCCCCAAAAGUGUCACUUGUGUUAAAGCCCAUGAUACCAAACCUCUACAAUACCUGACAUAAUUGCAGUUACAGCCUUCCCCAGAAAUGUAAUCUUAAUCAACUAGUCUGGAAUUUUGGGGUAGGUGACGUGGUGGUAAUUUGUUGUGUUUUACUCCUUCUCCAUUCCUGCCCCAGGCCCAGAGAAAGAAGAUAAAUAUAUAUAUAUAUAUAUAUAUCUGCAUGAUAAAACCCUUGUAAUUCCUCCCUUCCCCCAAAAAAAGAAGGUGUCUGCCCUCAAUAUACUUUGCUGAUGGCUUCCUUGCCCCUCC